AUGAGGAUUCGGAACCCAAAUUUGAUGUUGCAAAAAUUUCAAAAUUCUAGUAAGGUAAUAAAAACGAAGGAGCAGUUGUUGUUGAAAACGAAAAGGCAUGUACUCUUAAUUGUGAAUACAUUGAAUCCGGAGACUGAGCCAGUAUCUGGUGUGGCUGUGACCACAGUAACUAAGGCUAGUGAUGGAAGUCACGUAGAAAAAGAUGCUACGGUGUUGGGCAGUGAUUAUGUAUCCAAAGGUGAUAAAGAAAAUGGAGAUGGUGAUGUGAAUUUGGUUGAUGGGAGUGGUGGAAAUGGGAAGUUUUCUGGUGGCAGCGGAGGUGGUGGUGGAGGUGGGAAUGAAGGUGGUGAUGACAAGGAGGAAGAGGAGUUGGGACCCAUACUAAAAUUUGAGGAGGUGAUUAGAGAGGCCGAAGCUCGAGGAGCUACUCUUCCAGUUGAUAUGCUGGAAGCUGCAAAGAGUGGGGGCAUUCGAAAGGUGCUUCUGCUUAGAUAUUUGGACAUGCAGGGAUCUGUUUGGCCACUGGGAUUUCUGAUGAGGUCAUGCGCUAUGCUGCGGAACAGGAUGUUGGCUGAUCCAUCCUUUCUUUUCAAAAUAGGAACAGAGAUAGUCAUUGAUUCUUGUUGUGCAACAUUUGCGGAAGUCAAAAAGAGGGGCAAAGACUUCUGGUCAGAAUUUGAAUUGUACACUGCAGACCUUUUAGUUGGAGUGGUUGUCAAUGUUGCUUUAGUUGGUAUGUUAGCUCCAUAUGCUCGAUUUGGACAGCCACGUGCAUCUCAAGGGUUUCUUGGUCAAAUGUUGAGUGCUUAUGCAGCUCUUCCUAGCAGUGUUUUUGAGGCAGAACGGCCUGGAUGUACAUUUACAGUAAACCAGAGAAUUGCCACCUAUUUUUAUAAGGGCAUUCUCUAUGCAUUGGUUGGGUUUGGAUGUGGUAUUAUUGGCCAAGGAAUUGCAAAUUUAAUAAUGACUGCCAAACGGAGCAUAAAAAAAUCGGAGCACGACAUACCAGUUCCACCCCUAGUGAAGAGUGCAGCUCUUUGGGGUGUUUUUCUGGCAGUGUCUUCCAAUACCCGAUAUCAGAUUGUAAAUGGGCUAGAACGUGUGGUGGAAGUGUCUCCAUUGGCAAAGCAGGUUCCACUCGUUGCCAUGGCUUUUACAGUUGGUGUGCGAUUCUCCAACAAUGUCUAUGGAGGGAUGCAAUUUGUGGAUUGGGCCAAGUGGAGUGGUGUGCAAUGA